UUCCAGAUUUUGUCCCUGAAGAAACCCCAUUGAUCACUUUGGCUCGAAGGAAGAAUGUAAUAGAACUACCAUCGACACCUUAUGAACUUUUCAUGCCUCAUUUUCCAAGAAAGCUAAAUGAGUCAUUGAUGUUAGUAGACUCUCUCUAA